AAAUAAAAAAGAAAAAAUGGAAGGGAAAGUGAGAGGUGGGUGCAUGUUAGGAGUAGAAAUUUGGGGCCGGGUUUGAGCAGUUCCUCGUUAUAGCUGUCCAAGAGCUGUCUUUCGUCUCCCCAAAUUCAUUUGUCUUCCUUUCUUUCCUUCGGACAAUGCCUUUCAGUUUACUUACGACUACUUCAUUUCUUUCUCGCAACUCAACAUAAGUUUACAAUGUCGUACCGUAACCACAACAACAACUAGAGUUUGCUUUGCUUUUCCACUGUUUGGACAACAAACAAACGAAGAAAUAGCCGGAGAAGAACGACUCUAACCGUACUUUACUUUUCCCGGUCACACGUGGCGCAAAAUGAGUGCUUCCAGGUUCAUAAAAUGUGUCACAGUAGGUGACGGUGCGGUCGGCAAGACUUGCAUGCUCAUCUCCUACACCAGCAAUACUUUCCCUACUGAUUAUGUGCCAACUGUCUUUGACAACUUCAGUGCAAAUGUGGUUGUGGAUGGGAACACUGUUAAUCUGGGAUUGUGGGAUACUGCUGGCCAGGAAGAUUACAAUAGAUUAAGACCUUUGAGCUAUCGUGGAGCAGAUGUCUUCCUGCUGGCAUUCUCUCUCAUUAGCAAAGCCAGCUAUGAAAAUGUUGCUAAAAAAUGGAUUCCUGAAUUGAGGCAUUAUGCACCUGGUGUUCCAAUUAUUCUUGUUGGGACUAAGCUUGAUCUUCGGGAUGAUAAGCAGUUCUUCAUAGAUCACCCUGGUGCAGUACCCAUUACCACAGCUCAGGGGGAGGAAUUGAGAAAGCUAAUUGGAGCACCUGUUUACAUCGAAUGUAGUUCAAAGACACAGCAGAAUGUGAAAGCUGUCUUUGAUGCUGCCAUCAAAGUGGUUCUCCAGCCACCAAAACAGAAGAAGAAAAAGAAGAGAAAGGCACAAAAGGUAUGCUCCAUAUUGUGAGCAUGGAAAGAAGAGUUAUGGGCGCCAGGGUGGAUACCAUGACCAAUUAGCCACUUAAUCUGUUAGUCUCUCACCAUAUCUAUUACUCCUCUCACCUGAGGAAAUAGCUCCUUUUGGUCUGUAGUCUGAACUGACAGAACUAGGGAACUCCUAUAAGCAUCAAAAUAUGUGCUUUUUUCUCCUGGAUUGUAUUUUGAAUUUGUAUAUUAAUGGCCCUUUAUGUCAAGCACACUAUCCCUUCAGUUUCUUUGAGCUUAGAUAUGCGUGAUGUACGGUGAACCCCUCUGUAAGAACAACCAAAUUGUAUCUUGUGAUGUAAUCUGAUCAAGUACAUUUAAAGGAACCUCUAAUAUAUAUUUGUGGUUUUGAAGUUAUUUA